CGUCAUCAGAAAACAUUUUUGGUAUGCAUGCUUAGACGAAUCGAAUCGAAUCGCAUGCUUAGACGAUUAAAUAUUUCCUCAGCCAUCCGAAGCAAUAUUGAACAGCUGGUAUUUCUGUAUGAUUAGCAGGGAAGCAUCCGAGAGCCUGCUGAUCAACAACCUUUAAAGAAGAUUCAGAUGCCAGAUCGCUACAAAAUCCGUUACCAUGUCCGCGACAAUAUUAUCUACUGCGAAGCAAAGUCGCACGAGGUAGUGCGAUGUCGUGUAAAGGAACCAACUCCAGAAAGAUCGGGUGCUGAGAACGUGGUUAAUCAAGCGAACUUGCAACAGGCAAAACGACGAAAGGGAAAUAACGCUGAAAACGAACGCCGUAAGAGGAUCAAGUUCGCGUUGGUAGACUUGAAGAACGAAGUACUGGCAAAUGAUGAUGCAACAGUGUUGCGGAAUUUCACAAACAAAAGAAUUUUAGAGGAAGCAAUGAAAACCUUAAAAGCUCUGGAGACGGUCACACAAGAGCAAAACGAAAAACUGCGAAGAUUGAGACAAGCCCUGGCUGGCAUGGAGAUUAUUAAAGCAAGUCAAGAAAAAGCUGCAGAAAAGCUAUAUAUUCAACCUACCACAAGUGCUCAGGCAACUCCGGAUGAAAUUAGACUUCAUAUGUUUGAGCGAAUGAUUGAUCGACUUUUCCAAACAUACGACCACCACGUGGAUGCAUCCAGUUUCCAGGCGCUGUCCGAUACAACCUACUUGUGGCUCGAAGAAUACUGCAGUCCCUCCAACAUCAUGGCCUUGACAGCUGGAGCCCUGCGUGAUUGUCAAUAAUUGUAGUAUCACUAUCUUUAUACUCUUCAAAUUUCAUGCGCGUAUAUUUUACGGUUAAACCCGCAAUUAUUUUUUGUUUGUGCUUUUUUGUAUUUAUUCUCUUUACUUCGUAAUGUAAAUUGUAAUUAUUGUAAUUAUUUUCUUUAAUUUUAGUAGUGUUGUAGUAAUACAAAAUAGCGUAGCCGCCGCCUCUGGGUGGCAAUAUUCGAAGUUCAUUCUUACGGUCCAGAGACUCUAGAGUCCAGACGGCCGGAACCGGAAGUUCAUGGAAGCAACCUGCCUCACGCCCGGUGCGGUUGAUCAUGCGUUCGUAUUGUCCUACGACUGUACCCAUUGGCCAUUGCACAAAAACAAAAAAUUACACUUAGA